UGCUAACUCAUAGAGUAUAGACGCAAUAUUAAUUAUAAUUGUUAUAAACUCCCGAAGAGAAAUAUUUGAACAUUAAAAGUACAAAACAAACAACAAAACAAAACAACCAUGGAGUACGGUGCAAACGAACAGUAUUCUUUACGUUGGAAACAUUUCAACGAAAAUAUUUCAAGUGGUUUGUAUCAAUCACAGCGGCAAGGUGAUUUUGUCGAUAUGACAUUAGCCGUCGAAGGGCACACGAUGCAAGUACAUCGUUUGGUUAUGUCAGUAUGUUCGCCAUACUUUCAAAAAAUGUUGACAAUAAUGCCGGCCAAUUAUCAUCCAUUCGUACUUCUGAAGGAUGUAUCAUACGGUGUGCUCGAAAAAUUGAUUGAAUUCAUAUACAACGGUGAGGUUACUGUGGAUAAAGAAAUUUUGGCUGAAUUCAUGAGCACAGGUGAAGCGCUACAGAUCAAAGGUCUUGUAGACAAUGAUGAUUGGCAGCGUCAUGUUGAUACGUCGACAAAAAAUGUUCAAAAGCAACAGUCGUCCACAGUGCAACAACAACAACAACAAAACGCCAAUAUCAUGAGAAAUAGUGCGUCACAGUUGACACGAUCGCCAAUGACUUCAAACCAAACUUUCAUACCAACCAGAGCUGCUCCAACAUCAAGAAAUGUUGACCAACUCCAACAUUGUCGCGCCUUGCAACAACGAAACGCUGAUCUUAUGGCAAAACAUGCAUCGUAUUUGGCACAGUCACCAAUCAAAGCUACUUCAACACUCACAAAUGUUGUAGAUAGCCAAAGUUUGCACACCACACAACAACGUAAUAUUGGUCGAACCAGCUACUCCAGUUAUAGUAGCGACGACAAACAUUCGAUUGACUUGAAACAACAAACACGAAAACGGACCGUGCAGCCACAAAAAUACAACAUGACUGACAUUGAUGUACCACCAUCGCCGAAGCGUCAGAUUUCAUCAGACGAUGUUAGUAAGGCAUUAUCAACGCUCACAGAAUUUAUGAAAAAACCUGAUUUUUCAACGAAUGAAAAUUCAAAUCAGUAUUGGGCAAACGAUGAGGAAGAGAAUGAUUUCAUCGACGACGUAAACGACGGUGAUGAAUCAAGCGACUGGUAUACUGAUCAAUCAGCCGAUGAAAUCAGCGCAUCGAAACUCCAUUUGGAUGAAAAAG